GGCAAUUGAGUUUUUGUAGGUUUUCGUGGAGGGAAGCAGCGAGGGCACUGUGCCUCUGUUGCCGCGAUUAAAAUGUUGGAAGAAGGAGAACGUCAAAUUAAAAUGGCCCAGAAUCGGAUUAAGUUUCAAGAAGUAGUGGUGGAGAAGGUGGAAGAGGAUGCAAUCAGCGCGUUGCCUGAUUGCUUGCUUCAGGAAAUCCUCUCUCGUUUACCCUCCACAAAAGACGCCAUUAAAACAGUGAAAGCGAACUUAAAUUGGAUUUGUACAAAUGGCAUGAAUGGUUUUACAAUGCCUAAUGAAGCAGAACAAGAGAUGUUUAAGGAAUUUAUACUAAAACUUGGCCAUGUCAAGGAGCUUGAAAUUGGGUUUGAUUGUUCAAAGGUUAUUUCUUGUUUGCAAGCUAAAGGAUUUGUUGUUCCAUCAAAUGUGAAGCUGACUGGAAUAGAGUGACGGAAGUUGGUUUAUUGAAGAUGCUUUAAAUUAAUUAUUUUCGUAUUUUUUUUUUAAAGUUGACUUGGUUGCAUUUGCUUGUGGAUCAUGUUGUAUGCGAAAAUAGUAAUCGUCAGUUUCAGGCAUUUUUGUUAUAGUGAAUUAUUGGUAUUAUAAUUAGUUGUUCC